GCUAAUCAUGUUUCGCUUUGGGCGGGCUCGACGCGCAACAUACCAUUAGAAAAAUACAUCCUGAGUGGAAGUGUUUGACAUGAGGAUAGAGGCAACUGUCAGUCUGAGACGUCAAUAGAUUCACGAAGACGGAUAACUGUACAAAAAUGUCAACAAAGGACGUAUUUGUCAGAUGCCGAAUCUGAUUUGGGGUAUUGUCGCGGCUGUCCAUUUCCAAACGGAAACCACAGCUAGCUUCUGUACUGGACAGCAAGCACCCGCUAGCUAGUUAGCUUAUUCUCGAUUCCAGGACACGUCUCUUCAUUUAAAAUACAAAACUGAAUGUUGUUUCAGUCAUGAGUCCAGCCGGGUGCUCACAUGUGAACGCUUAUAAGGUGGACAAUUGGAGGCAAAACCUACGAGUCAUAUAUCAAUGCUUUGUUUGGAGCGGGAGUGCUGAAGCCAGGAGACGAAAGGUGCUUCAGAAUGAUGUGAGAUGGACAGCAUUGGCCAAAUCAUGUAUCUGUCACAUGUGCGGCGCCCACCUGAACCGGCUCCACUCCUGUCUCUCCUGCGUCUUCUUCGGCUGCUUCACCAAGAAACACAUCCACGAGCACGCCAAAAACAAACGACACAAUCUAGCAAUAGACUUAUUAUAUGGUGGAAUAUAUUGUUUCGUGUGUCAAGACUACAUAUACGACAAAGAGAUGGAACAGAUUGCCAAAGAAGAACAGAGGAAAGCCUGGAAAUUGCAAGGUGUAGGGGAGAAAUACUCGACGUGGGAGCCUACGAAGCGAGAGCUGGAGUUAUUACGGCACAAUCCAAAGCGAAGGAAAAUCACUACAAACUGCACCAUCGGUUUACGAGGGUUGAUCAACCUGGGCAACACGUGCUUCAUGAACUGCAUCGUCCAGGCCCUCACCCACACCCCCCUGCUGCGUGACUUCUUCCUGUCCGACAGGCACAAGUGUGAGAUGCAGUCCAACUCCUGUCUGGUGUGUGAGAUGUCACAGCUCUUUCAGGAGUUCUACUCGGGCCACCGUUGGCCCCACAUUCCCUUCCGGCUGCUGCACCUGGUGUGGACUCACGCACGUCACUUAGCGGGCUACGAGCAACAGGAUGCCCACGAGUUCCUCAUCGCAGCGCUGGACGUGCUGCACCGCCACUGUAAAGGAGACACCGCCCGAGACGACAACGGGAAGAAGGCCAACAAUCCAAACCACUGUAGCUGCAUCAUUGACCAAAUUUUCACUGGCGGCCUCCAAUCAGACGUCACCUGUCAAGUCUGCCACGGUGUGUCCACCACGAUAGACCCAUUCUGGGACAUCAGUCUGGACCUGCCGGGCUCGUCCACUCCCUUCUGGCCCCUUAGCCCCGGGGGAGACGGCUCAACGGUCAACGGAGAGAGCCACCUUUCAGGGGCCACCACGCUCACAGACUGUCUACGCAGGUUCACUCGGCCUGAGCAUCUAGGAAGCAGUGCCAAAAUCAAAUGUGGCGGUUGCCAUAGUUACCAGGAGUCCACCAAACAGCUGACGAUGAAGAAGCUCCCCAUCGUGGCGUGUUUCCAUCUCAAACGGUUUGAACACUCUGCCAAACUGAGGAGGAAGAUCACCACCUAUGUCUCCUUCCCUCUAGAGCUGGACAUGACACCUUUCAUAGCUUCCAGGUGAGGUCUCUCACACACACACACACACACACACACACACUGUAGAUCUAAGCUCUGGUUUGGAAAUGGAAAGCCCUCACUCCUCGUGCUCCCGCACUAUAAAAUAAUGAUGAGUGUAUGAACGCUGUGUGUUCUCCAUCCUCCACCUUCCUACUGCCUGUCGUAUACCCUGCCUUCCUACUGUCUAUCAUAUACCCUGCCUUCCUACUGUCUAUCAUAUACCCUGCCUUCCUACUGUCUAUCAUAUACCCUGCCUUCCUACUGUCUAUCAUAUACCCUGCCUUCCUACUGUCUAUCAUAUACCCUGCCUUCCUACUGUCUAUCAUAUACCCUGCCUUCCUACUGUCUAUCAUAUACCCUGCCUUCCUACUGUCUAUCAUAUACUCUGCCUUCCUACUGCCUGUCGUAUACCCUGCCUUCCUACUGUCUAUCAUAUACCCUGCCUUCCUACUGUCUAUCGUAUACCCUGCCUUCCUACUGUCUAUCAUAUACCCUGCCUUCCUACUGUCUAUCGUAUACCCUGCCUUCCUACUGUCUAUCGUAUACCCUGCCUUCCUACUGUCUAUCGUAUACCCUGCCUUCCUACUGUCUAUCGUAUACCCUGCCUUCCUACUGUCUAUCAUAUACCCUGCCUUCCUACUGUCUAUCAUAUACCCUGCCUUCCUACUGUCUAUCAUAUACCCUGCCGUCCUACUGUCUAUCAUAUACCCUGCCUUCCUACUGUCUAUCAUGUACUCUGCCUUCCUACUGUCUAUCAUAUACUCUGCCUUCCUACUGCCUGCCUGUUC